UCGAUCACACAUGUUGCAGUGAGUGAGUGAAGUGAAACAGUCAAAUAGUUUAAACAUGCGAUAGGACAGUUUGUUAACUAAAUGGAGAUAUGGCCGAUUUAGUUAUUCAGAGAAGUUUAGAUGCUUCUCAUUACGAUUCCGAUGACGAGUUAUUUUUGCCGAAUCCCAAAGUAGAGGCUCACGACAAACUGCCGCUGUGGAGUCCCAGACACGAUGAACAAAGUUUUGAAAGUGUGUCGUCGGAAAAUGAAGGACCGCCUUGGGAGAGAGUGCCAGUUUGUCAAUUGGAUCACAAUAAACACAUUUCCAUGUUUCGCACUUUGGAGAAACAAGAUUCCAUAGUUGACGGUUUAUUGGAGGAAAUUUAUGAUCGCUGGCAUGGAAACAGGCGGGAUAGUUUUGACAGUGACACCUUCACUGAGUGCUCGAGUACAUCAGAAGUUUUCCAACGCAGUGAUUUGUAUGGUAACUGGUCAACCGAGAGACGGCAUAAUCCCCAACUUCACCGAACUUUCCUUCAAAACCAAAGUCUAUCAAAGUUGUAUAAAAUGAGAGAUGAUUUAAAACGAAGCAGCAAUCAAAUGUCCGCCAGGUUAAUUAGACAGUUAAAACGACGGGAUCGCCGUUUGGCUAAACUUCAACGUAAUUGUGAUGUUGUUACUGCUGUUAUUCAGGCAGCAUCCCUUAAAAGACGAAUAGACACCAGAAUGAGAUUUAGCAUAGAACCAUUACAAAGUGAUAACGCCUUUGACCAAUGGAAAGAUGCAAUGAAAGCAGUGGCACGACUUCCUAUGGGUAUACCAGGAGAUUUCCGCAAAAAGGUUUGGUUAAGUCUCGCAGAUAAUCAUAUUAAAGACUUGCGUAUUGAUUGGGAGAAAACAGUUCGAUUUGCUUUUAAUGAAAAAAGCAACCCAGACGAUAAUAAACUUGGUUUACAGAUCGUCAAGGAUUUACAUAGGACUGGAUGUACAAGUUUUAGUGGUCAUGAUAACGAAGAAGAUCGAGCAGUAUUAAAGAGAGUAUUAUUAGCGUACGCAAGGUGGAAUAAACGUGUAGGAUAUUGUCAGGGUUUUAAUAUUAUAGCAGCUCUAUUAUUAGAUGUUAUGGAUAGAAAAGAAGAUGAUGCAUUAAAGGUUAUGGUAUAUCUAAUAGAUCAUGUUCUACCAGAGAGUUAUUUCGCCAAUAAUUUACGUGCUCUAUCUGUGGAUAUGGCUGUAUUCCGGGAUUUAUUACGUAUGACGUUACCUGGAUUAGCUAAACACUUGGAUUAUCUUCAACAUGCAGCUCAAGAUCAGACUACAGGUGCGUGUUAUGAGCCUCCACUGACUAAUGUCUUUACUAUGCAAUGGUUUUUAACGUUAUUUGCCACAUGUCUUCCGAAAAAUAUUGUACUACGAGUAAUGGAUUCUAUUUUACUGGAGGGAUCAGAGAUUUUAUUACGUACAGCUCUUACAAUCUGGGGAAAAUUGGCCAGACGUAUAAUGAAUGUGCCUAGUGCUGAUGAAUUUUAUACGUUAAUGGGAGAUUUAUCAGCUGAAAUGAUGCAGGGAAAUCUCUUUAAUGUUGAUUCCUUUAUAAAGUCAAUAUACAGUAUCGCUCCCUUUCCUUUCCCAAACCUGAUAGAUCUACGUGAAAAAUAUACCUACAAUAUACGUCCAUUUACAAACACUGCUAAUGGCAACAAGAAACAAUCACGAGCGACCAAGAAUGUCUUAUAUUCAGAUGAUGAUGAAUUAGAUGAAGAUGAUAUUGAAGCCAUUUCAUGUUUUCCAGGUAUGGAAGGGCAGUCAGGAACUGAGGCUGAUAUUUCUUCAGUGGGGCCUGGAGCUUUUGGCGCUUCCGUUGAUAGUCAGGGACAUAGAAUUCCUUAUAUGGAACGCAUGUCAACAGAUAUCCAUGCACUUAAGAAACAGUAUGAAACACUACGUCUGCGACAACGACAAGCUCACAUCAUCAUUGCAGGUGCCUCUGUGAGAAAAACACCCAAACCUAAAGCAGUUGUUUUUGUGCCUAAAAUUGAAACUCCGACAGCUAUGAAUCAUUUAUUUAUUGGAAAAUUACCGAGUGGCGGGAAAAAUCGGAUAAUAGCAGACGGUCCAACGAUUGCCCCAAUUAGUACAAGAAGUAGUUUGUUGAGUAAACAAGUGUAUGCUGUUGCUAAAGCCGAGAAUCGUCAUCGGAGAGAUAGUUCGCGGAAUAAUAGUGUCAAUUCUAAUAGUGAUACAUUGUCUAGUGCUGCCUCUGUUGAAACUGUUCAAGACACAUGCAAGACAGAUAACUCUCCAAUAAGUGAAAAAAUUGAAGAAAGCAGUAAAACAAUGGAAUCGGAAACUUCUUUAUGCGUAACCAAAGAUGAAAAUAGUUUAAGCAAUACGGAAACAAAAAAAGACUGGUCGACUGUGAGUUUACAUACUGUAGGCUUGGACAACUCAGAUAGCGAUUCUGUGAAAAGUGAGGAUGAAAUGCGUUCAUGUUCUGUAGAUACAAAUGACGAAAGUACAGCAGAACAUAAACCCACAGAGAACAUAAUAAAAACAAACAGUGGUGAUAGGUCAAAAAGCAAUAAAGAUCUCAGAUCCAGCCAAUCAGAAAUGGCGUUAGAUAACGGUGGUGCUAAUGGUUUGAUUUUGAGUAGUGAUGUGCCGUAUCGCAAGUCAAAACAUACCAUGAUGUUACAAUCCUAUACUCGUUCCGUUAAUAUGGUGGAAGGAGACGGUUACGUGACUAAAUAUUCUCAUAGUUCUAACAACCCCACGAGAAAAAAUACUUCCCAUGUACCCUCAACCUCACAACAUCCUACUCCAGAUUCAGGAUCGGACACUUCCUUAUCUCCAAGUUAUAAAUCCAAACCGUUUAAUCCUUUUCCAACUAAACAUAUAAAUCAGAAUCGUGCUAAAACCGGGCUUAAAUUAGGACUUUAUAGUGCUUCUACUUUAUCACAACUUGAUAACAAAUUUAAGAAAAAGACAUUAUCCUAGUGAAUGAUGUCAGUUGUCAUUAACCCUUUGAACUCUAGCAGUCAGAUUUCCAGUAUCUGCCAUAGGGUUUUCCAACGUGAUCAUCACAUGUUUAUGCCCAGUCGUGUCUAGACACCACAGCUGUUGGCAGUAUUGGAAAAAAACAAGAAAUCAACGUUGUAAUGUCCAUAAUAUGAACACUUGGUUGUUUGGCCCUGACUUUCACUUCUAAACCCAGUGGAGGGGCACUCGGCAGUCAAAGGGUUAAGGAAUUUGUUUUAAAUGUUCAGUUAGUAAGAUGAAACUGUGUUAUUUAGGAAUGAGUUUCUUUAUGUGUUCAGAAUUGAAGCAGUAUUGACAGAAAUCCAAACAGACUUGUAAAUUUGUGAUGGAUUUGGUUCUUUGGUGGCGGUUUGAUGUAUAAAUAAAAAAAACUGCUGCUGUAUUGUCUUUCACACAAAUACUAUAGAUAUAUAAUUAUCAAUAUGGGCUGAUCGUAAUGGUUGUGCAAGGGGAUUAUGGACCCACUCUACAUGUAUGUUACAGGAUUUAUUCGGAAAUUAUUUUAAUAUGAAUGUCUGAACUACUGUGAUUAGAAAAUGUAAUUUUGGUGGUGAUAUUAAAAUUAAAAGUACCAUAUAUUUAUUCAUAUUCACUUCUCAUCCAACUUUAUAAAAAAAACGGACUUCCAAGGUCAUAUGACAAAAUAAUGUGGUUCUCAGAAACUGCGGUGUCACUUAAGAGCUGUUUUAUUAAAAAAAAAAUAAAAAAUCAUUAAUUAUCACACGUUCAUAUUUUCUGCAGGAUGAGAAGUCGGUAAUACAUUUCCUUUUGUAGGCUCAAUUGUCAGGUAUGCAACUCGGUUAAAUGACACUGGAUAAUCUCUAGGUGACUCAUAGUUAUCUGCAAAUGGCAACUAUCCUUUCAUUUGCUUAAGUUUUAAAAAUCGUCCAAACUACAAUAUUGUAAAAGAUGAAUCUCUAAAAUGGAAUAUCAAUCCAAAAACUAGUGCAAUUCCAUUCAGUAUUUAUAAAGAUAUGUGGAAUUGAAAUUUUGUCAACACUCAAGGCAGAUGAUAUAUACAUGUAGGAUAUGGUCGAAUGUAAACAUGGCAAGGUUUUGUCUAGAGCAAAAAAGAUUUUUCUUCUGUUAAAGUAAAGAUGUCAAAUUGUAAAAUUAUUUAUGCAAAUGUCUUGUUACUUUUGAUUAGGUUUUUCAGUUUAUUAAGAUAACAUAUUUUAAGAGCUUUAGAAAUAAUUUGAAACUUAAAUCAGAUUAAAUUUGUGCAUUUUGUCUAGAAUGUUCUUUUUUUCUGAAAUUUGUUAGUUUUUUUAUUUCACUAUACUUGAAUAUCCGAUUUAGUUAAAUGUUUUUGGCUAAAAGCCUGCCAUGAUUACAAUAAAAAUAGGCAACGUUUUUAAAUAUUGCUCUCAUGAGUAUGACUGACAACAGUUGGGUAUAUGUAAUCAAUAUAUAUAUACUUGUUAUCUACAUACAUAUAUUAUAAGUAAGUUUGUAUUUAUGGAGAUAUUAGUACAUCUGUCGCCUCAAUUAGAUAUGCAUCAUGGAAUCCAUUUAAUGUUUUACAGUGAAAGUUAAACAUGCAGGGAGCAUGUUAUUGAUGAUUUACGCUAAUCUCCUUUUAAUUCACUACCUGCCGAGAGGUGCUAAAAAAAAAGCUCUGUAAUUUUAAUAGAUAUUUAAGUGAAAGUUGAAUGAAUUAAAAACAAGCAAUUACGUUAUAAUGAUUGGAAUUAUUAUUCUUCUGGAACUCGUAUUAAAGGAGGCAAGUCCUUAACUCAUUAUCAUCCACAGUCUUCGACAUUUCAAACAAGACUUACUGGUCAAUUUAAAUCAACAUUGAUGUUGUUUAUCUUACCGUGUAAAAAUGGGCUUCUGAUAUCCAACAUUUAAGACAAAAUGAAAAUUUUAAAAUUGGCACAUGAAUCGCCAGAAUGCUUUCAAUCAAGCACCAUUUAUAACGAAGCAACUUCAUGAAUGAGGCUAAACAUAUCCCACAAAAGAAUACUACUGGUGUAGACUGGAAUAACUAGAAGCCAAAGACUGCCAUUCAAUUUUGACUUCGCCGAACAUAACUGAUUAGAAUUUACAGUAAAAACAGAAACAAUUGAAUGUAUAUUCUUGUGUCCAUUUCCAGUUGCCAAAGAAUAGCGAUUUAGCUCCUUUUAAAUUCUGUCUUCAUUGACCCAGACGGUGCAAAAAAGGAGGAAAUUAAACCCCAUUUCAUUUCUUAUUAAAAUUUUGCUUACUAUUUCUUGGGUGGUGGGGGUAGGGGAGUAAUUUCAAAACAAAAAAUACCUGGUUGAUCUUCUCUAAAGAUUUUCAAUUCAACAUACCUUUUCUCCGAUUUUGAUAAAAAAAAAAAAAAUAAAAACAUUAUGAUAAUAUAAAGGUGUUUAUAUAAGAUCUAGAUAUAUUUCAGGAACAUUCCAGUGGCUUUUCCUGCCCUAAUGUACAAUACCAGACAGAUAUAGUCUACCAAAUAGAAUACAGGGGUCCUAUUCACAACUAAAAUAUUUUAAUUAAAGUUUUAGCUACCAGCCGAUCUUAAGGCAGGUUCAGAUAUUUCAUUGGUUUAGAGCUCAAAUUUGUAUCAGGAUUUGAAUCCAAUGAAAAGGCUGAAUCUGUAAGGUUUUGUGAAUAACUCCCCUGGCCCCGGACGGUUGCACAUGAAUCAUUCUCAGACUAGAUUUUACUCUACUUGAUCAAGAAACACAAAAUUUUGCACAUAGUUUCUUAUUGAUGUAUUUAUACAUUCAAACAAUAAAAGUUUUUGAAAGGCUAUAUUUUAGUUAAAAUAAAAUUGGCAAUUUUAAGUAAAUUCUUAACCUAAACAUCUGCCUAUUGCAGGUCUUUCUACUUUAGGCCUGAAAUGUUAUCUAAAUUAUUAAUUAGACAUUAAUUAAAUCAACUCUCGAUGUUAUCGCUUGCCUGCAAUAUUAUUUAUAAGAUCAGAAUCUGAUCUGCUGUUUAACGCUCAUUGAUAAUUAAAUCAAAAAAUGGAUAAAUCGAGUCUAUGUUUUUUAUCCUACCAACUUUAGUAAUGAUGAUCAAGGCUAGGCCGAAAAUUCAGUUGCUAAAUUCUUGGUUCAGAGUGGAUCAAUUUGACUGAAAUUUUCAGCAAAUUCCUUUUACAUUAUCUAGUUUUUAACUGCCAGUUCUUUAUCUAAUCUCCCAUAAUGUAUCUUAAAGUCUGAGAAUGUUUUUGUGAAAGUGGUGCCAGGUUUCUAUGGUAAUUGUAAUUAUAUAUGUUUGUAGAUUUGGUCUCUUCUUUCUUAUUUUAUUAAGUAUUAAAAGGUAAACAAUUAUAGAUUGGUUCAAGUAUUGAUAUUUAGAAAGUAUUUAUUAUUUGUUAUGUUUUGUUGAAUUUAAUGUUCAAGUAUUUCAGAUAAUUAUUCCUUAUCUAAUGUUCAAGUAUUACCUAUAAUCAUUCCUAGAAAAUA